AUGUCAGACUCUGAAGAUUCGGAUUAUGCGCAGCUUUCUGGUGAGAUGGAUUCAGAUGAGGAGGAUACUUCGGACUGUGAAAGUAUUUGCUUGGGCGAGGAGAUUUCAAAUGAGGAAGUGGAUUUGGAACCUGUAGUGACAUUUGGUCGGGUACAGAGGUCAGAGAUGUAUGAGGAUUCGGAAGCGGAGGUAUCAGAUAAUACCUAUAUUCCUCCUUCUGUGGAUAAUGUACCGGAAUUUAAGCCCUUGCGUUCUGAGUUUUCUUCUCACACUGCAGAGGCAAAAAACCUGCCUAUCGGCCCCGGGUCCAACUUUAGUUUGGCCAGCCCGCUUUCCUUCUUUAAACUCUUCGUUUCCGAUCAGGAAUUUGAUCUUUUUGCUGUCAAUACGAAUGAGCAUCGCGGCCAUAGAACAAUACCAAUGGCCAGGAUUGAUACUGCGCAACUCACGCAGCUAGCCAUAUCGGAGGCCAGAAUCGAGAUCAACCCAUCUGAUCCACAGCUACAUAACUUGCCCCUACUCAUUGCAGUGGCCGAAGGAGAUCAUACAAAGGUUAAAGGCGAUCUUGGGAUGGUUGACAUUCUUUUAAGUCACGGGGCAGUAAAGUACAAGUGCCAACCAGUGACUGGUGACUUCAUUAUCAAGAGUGCUAUCAUCGGUGGGAAUCCGGCUAUUGCUAAUAUGCUUUCCGAAACUAGGUCGAGCUUAGUAAAUAUAGACAGCGAACUCAAUGCUUUGCACUACGCUAUUGAGCUGAACAAAGAGUCUAUUGUUGAUUUAUUUCUCGAUACUGCGGCUGAAAGAGGGGAAGGCGAUCAGACCCAGAUAACUGCGGCUUUACAUCAAGCAACCCUCCUCCGCCAUGUGGAUAUUAUUGCCAACUUGUUAAGACGAGGUGCCUUACCGGACGAGACUGCAAUACGGUUGACACUUGCGAAUGGAAGGAUAGAUAUCCUCAAACUCUUAACAGGUGGCGACUGGGAGAACACUGAUGCUUUUUUCGGUGGUUAUACCCUACUAUGUAUCGCAGUGUCGUUUGCAGACAGCUUUGUCGUACGGAAACUUCUCGAGGCGGGCGCUUAUGCCAAGGAGCCUAAACACAUACGGGACUCUUUGGAAGAUAAUGCCGAGGUUGGCGGCGACCUAGAGAUUUAUAAUCUCCUCCGAGCGGAGCGUGUAGAAAUAGGGCAUUGCGACAUCGGUUAUGUAUGGAAUUACUCAUGUAUCAGGGAUGACUCAUAG